GAUAUAACUCAGUGUGCAACCACACGACUCAAAAUCUCUUGUGACAUGAAUCACGACGAAACAGCCACCUCGGUUGGUUGAUCUAACGAGAGAAGCUAUAAUGAGGGAUGCUUUGUCAUCGUCAACCAAGAUGAUGGUUAUGACGUAUACAUAACUUGUACAUACUCUAUAUGCAGAGGGGGAAGUCUCCGGGCACGUGACAACAGACAAGAAAAUAAUUCAUAAUGGAAAGAAUGCGUAAAUGGUAGAUUGAUAUCAAACAAUCUCUUUUGCCAUUUUUAUUGGACAUGAGUACUUUGAUCAAUACUAUUUCAUCUCGUGGGGUUCAUGAGUUAAUUUCACUAGUGAAGAUAGACCGAGCAAAUGGGAAAAAAAACGAAAACAUACAACGAAAGAUAAAGAUACAAAACGGAAAGAAGCAUGAAGGACUCCAGUAAAAGAAAGUAAUAAGAUAUAAGAACAUGCGUAAUAGGUAAAUUACGAGCCUUUGUAUGAUAAUAAGAUAUAGGAGAGCUUUAUAAACCAUUCUGUUUCCAGCUCAGGGCCCUCUUUAGAGCAUUUAAAACUUAUAAAAUGGAAGCUUAUAAAUAUUUUUUUUAAAAGAAAAUAAAACUCUUGAUUCUAAAAAACCUUUUUCCACGAAACGGGAAAAAAACAUGCUUGUCUCCAGUCCCAACCUAAUAAAUAUAACACAGGGAGCCAUUAUUUUGAAAUCAUCUUUCAAAAUGGCGGAUGCAUCGAGGUUAAAGAAAAUUGCUUGCGAAGCCAUAGAUAAUCACGCUCAAGCCCUCCGACAAAUAAACAGGAAAAUAUGGGAAAAACCUGAACUAAGUUUUAAAGAAUCAUUUGCCCACGACGUUCUAACGGGUUUUCUAGAGAGCGAAGGAUUCCAAGUGACACGUAAAUGGACAUUAGAGACGGCAUUUGGUGGUCAAAGUGGCGGGGACAGUGGUCCUUGUAUUGGUAUCAAAGCAGCCCUAGCGGCAACAGAUAACAAACUUGGAAGAGUUCGUGUGUUAGGGACCCCGGCUGAAGAAGGAGGUGGUGGAAAGGUGUUGAUGAUCAAGAAUGGGUGCUUCAAAGAUGUGGAUUUCUGCAUGAUGGUCCAUCCUUGUCCCACAGACUCUACAGUGCCAAGUGUUCUUGCUCGUGAAACAGCCUUUGUAACCUACAAGGGGUAUGCAGCUCAUGCAGCAGCAUUUCCCUGGGAAGGCAUUAAUGCAUUAGAUGCUGCUGUUAUGGCAUACAAUAGUGUGAGUGCCAUGAGGCAACAGAUGAAACCAACCUGGCGAGUACAUGGUGUGAUUUGUGAGGGUGGAGUCAAACCCAAUAUCAUCCCAGAUAAAACUCGCCUAGAGUUUUUCUUCAGAGCUCCAACAGAUGGAGAAAUUGAUGAACUCAAGCAGAAGUUGGCUGGUUGCUUCGAGGGAGCUGCUAAAGCUACAGGUUGCACAGCUGACAUCGAGUUCGGUAAUUCUCAGUACUACUCAAACUUGGAGUCCAACCCAACGAUGGCAAGUUUAUAUCAAAAGAACGCCGAGACCCUUGGUAUCCAGUUCCCCUCACUUGCAGAACAAAAAGCGAAAGUCCUAGGUUCUACAGACAUGGGUAACGUGUCGCACGUCAUUCCUUCCAUACAUCCCAUAUAUAGUAUCGAUAGUAUGGCUGUCAAUCAUUCGUAUGCAUUCACUGCAGCAGCGGGUACUGAUGUUGCACAUGACAAGACGCUGAUUGCUGCCAAAGCAAUGGCUAUGACGGCUGUAGAUUUAUUCUGUAGUCAAGACCUCAGGGAACAAGCUAAGCAAGAAUUUACCAAGGCACACUCCAAGUAAACUACAUGAAAAUACUGAUGACCACAUCGUAAUGAACUUGUACUUCUAAUUCAAAGAUUGUAGCUUUUGCAUCAAACUUUUGGCGUCAAACCGUUUUUGCUGCCAUUUCAGACCACGUGUCAUUCCAUAGCCAAGAGAGUCAUAUGAUAAAGACAUGGCAGCCAUGUUGGAGGUAUAAACAAAUGAAAGUAAUUGCUGGAUUUCACUUGACGUCAUUUCCUGUCUCGUGGGGAAUGUUCAUCAGAUGAAUCACAAAUUUUCAGUAAUCAGUGUUUGACCACCGUUUGGAGCAGAUAUGAGAUUCAAAGACUUUUGUCAGCUGAUUGAAACCCAGCAAUAGAGGCUUUGCACAAACACGUGAUGGCAUGACAAGAGGCAUAACAAUAGUGUUUUCCCCUCGGAAACUGAAUUCUUUCUCAUAUAAAUCAUACUAGACCGGAUUCAACUGUUUUUGCCUCAGUGUUAUGGCUGCCAUCACGUGAUGGUGCAAGGCCUCUAUAGAGACGUAAUGUUUUCCCAUUUCAGACCACAUGUCAUUCCCUAGAGUAUCAUUUCUUUGUUUAAGGCUUGCGCUCGGUUGCACAUGAGAAGACACAUGAAUAUGGAUACAGCUCAAACAAAGAAUCUUAUUCUCAAUGGAAUGACACGUGGCCUGAAAUGGAAAAACAUUAAUCCAAGCUGAAGAGGUCUAUACCACCAACAUGUUGACGAUGACGUAACGCGCAAACAAGGAAUAGGGAUUUAGGGUCUUUAUUUUAAGUCACAUCCCUAUUCUUGUGUCUUCUUAAGUGUUACAGGUAAACAAAGAAGCAUUAUUCAAGAAUGACACGUGGUGUGAAAUGAGCAAACUUCAAUACCAAGCUAAAUGAAUCUAUUAGCCAUUCCAAAGUUGAGGAAAACACUGGGUUGAGAUGGCAUUGUAAUGCAUUGUGGGACUCUUUUAGGGACAUAUUUCCCAAGAUGGCGUCAAAUUGGUCCCAAAAAACUGUCCCAUGAUGCACUGCAAUGCUAACUCGCCCCAGUCAGCUUUUCCUCAACCUCGGAAUGGCUAAUAAGAUUCAUUCCUUAGUUUAUGAGAUUCAUCUUUUUUAAAUUUCAAACUUCGAAGAUCCAUUUAAUAUUUCAAUACGGAUGAGAAAAACUCGUAAUAUGAUUGGUCAGUUUUUCAGACACCAGUAAAACGUUCCCGCCUGUGUGCAAUUUCAGCACGUUUUCUAAGAGCAAAAGAUUUGAAUGCUGGUUUUCUCCAACUAUUUUAAAACUUGAGCGUGAAUAUAUAUUUUUGUGUGAUCAACAGAUGAUAUGAAAUAACUAUUCGUAGAAACUAUUUUUGAAUUUUGAAAUUUUGUACUUAGUCCAUUCACGAAAUUUAAUGAAUUUCUAGGUCAUCUUGAAAUUUCUUAAAUCAACAUCAAUAGAAUGAAAAUUUUUAAGGGCCAGGGUAAAUCAAACGCUUCCGAGGGCCGACUAACCUCUCCCUUAGGCUUCGGCCAAGCCUUCUGAUCAGUCUAAAUUCCCCCCGGGAUAGCGGUGUUGGGGUCGAAAUCUCCAGCGUAGCCUUGAAUGCUUCGCUCUGCCAUACGAAGCUUCAACUCUGGAUGUCUGGAAACUAUGGAUCUAAAUAUUCUCAAUAAACUUAGACCUGUUAAAAUCAAAUGUUACAAGAAGGUAGAAACCUGUUAUUCAAAUUUAAAACCAAUUAAAGGUAACUCAAGCAAAAA